ACCAAAAAUCAAUUCGUUCAUUGCUCAAUGAUUUAAAAUUGUGCUCAAUCCAAAUCAAACAAGUAAAAUCUCAACAAUUACAUGACAUCAAACUAACAAACAAAAGAAAUUAUUGCGAUAUCAUCACUGUAGUACAUUCAGAGCAACGUCCCAUUCUAUAAUUUGUAUUCGAGAUAGUAACUAAUGUUAAAUUGGCCGUAAAUAUGUCGGUGCUGCGUCAAGUGUUAGGUUUAAGUGCAUGGAUUCGCGCUCUAGUGAUUUUUGUUUUAUUGUGGGGUCUUUUGGUGUUAAUAUUUGCAUCGAAAUUGAGCGGACCCAACGCAUCAUCAUUGUCUAAUGAAGACUAUACAAAUCAUCGCCUGAAUCAAGCAAUUGAAUUUUUAGAGGAAUCGAAACGAAGAAAUUCUGAACUUAAACAACUUAUUGACGAAUUUUUAAGUGAUAAAUCAUUGCCAGAAGAGCAAAGGCAGCGGCUGAUAAGUGACAUUGAAGCAAAGUUAGAUGAAAAACCAUCGAAAUCGUUUGGAAAUUCCUUGCGGCGAUUCAGUGGAAAUGAAUUGAUUGUAUCAAAUGGAAUGACACCGAUUUCAGAGUAUGAAGAAUUACGUAGACGCGUCCGUUCAAAUGUACUUGAAAUGUAUAACUAUGUUGGCACGGAACUCACAAAAUUAUUUAAGAAUCACCCAAUUGUACCUGAACUUGGUGAAUAUAUCGAUAAAGUGAUGCACAUGACGACCGAGCAUAAGCGUUCGCUUAUCAACGACAUGGAUCAUUUACGAAGAAUUGACGGUUAUGAACAAUGGCGACGCAAUGAAGCCGAAAGUCUCAGUGACUUGGUGCAACGUCGUUUGAAAUACCUUCAAAAUCCAAAAGAUUGUAGCACGGCGAGAAAGCUGGUUUGUCGUUUGAAUAAGGGUUGCGGUUAUGGUUGUCAAUUGCAUCAUGUUGUUUAUUGUUUUAUAAUGGCUUACGCUACAGAACGUACAUUAAUUUUGAAAUCAAAAGGUUGGCGAUAUCAUAAAAAUGGAUGGGAAGAAGUGUUUAAGCCGUUGAGCGAUACUUGUACCACUUCGGACGGUGCAUCACAUGCCAACUGGGGCAGUUCACAUUUUAAUACACAAGUGGUUGAUUUACCAAUUAUCGACUCCUUGAAUCCUCGGCCAAAUUUUCUACCCUUAUCGAUACCUGAAGAUCUAGCUCCAAGACUUAAAAGAUUGCAUGGCGAUCCUAUCACUUGGUGGGUCGGCCAAUUUCUAAAAUAUUUACUGAAAUUUCAACCAGAAACACAGAAUAUUAUUGAUGCGGGCAUCCAAAAACUGAAAUUUCAAACUCCAAUUGUCGGGGUGCACAUUCGUCGGACGGAUAAAGUUGGCACCGAAGCCGCUUUGCACAAUGUUGACGAAUAUAUGAAGCACGUCGAUGAAUAUUACAAUCAAUUGGAAAUGGUUGAAACGGUGGAAAAGCGCAGAGUGUUCCUCGCCUCAGACGAUCCAAAGGUGAUUGACGAAGCCCGUAAUAAGUAUCCACAGUAUGAAAUCAUUGGUGACCCGAAUGCAGCUCGUACGGCAUCUUUAUCGACACGUUACACCGAUUCAUCGCUGUAUGGAAUAAUACUUGAUAUUCAUUUACUUUCAAUAUCCGAUUAUUUGGUGUGUACAUUCAGUUCGCAAGUGUGUCGCGUUGCAUAUGAAAUAAUGCAAACAAUGUAUCCGGAUGCAUCGCAUCGUUUCAAAUCACUUGAUGACAUUUAUUAUUAUGGUGGACAAAAUUCGCAUAAUCGCGAAGCAGUGCUGGCACAUCAUCCAAAUAACCAUGAGGAAAUUUAUAUGAAUGUUGGCGAUUUGAUUGGUGUGGCCGGAAAUCAUUGGGAUGGUUUUUCAAAAGGUCGAAACACGAGAACAAAUCAGAUUGGACUUUUCCCUUCAUUCAAGGUAGUCGAUAAGGUUGAAACGGCAGAGUUUCCUAAAUACUCAAAUGUUAAAUAAAAAGCGGUGAAAAUUAACAAUAAGAACAAAUUAUAUAUUGAAAUCUCCUCCGAAUUAUGCAAUUUUCAAGAGAAUCUAAAUAGAUUAAUUUUAGAGAGUCGCCUCAAAAGAGAAACAACUAAGUAGCUAUAUUCUAAGAAAGUUUCUUAUGAACAAAUCACAUACUGGUACAGAGAGAAAAAGCAUGUUUCAUGUAUUCAAAGCCACCGAAUUUAUGGUCUCCUCGUUUGUUUGGCAGCAAAAUUAUUUUAUAUCUCAUGUAAAUUGAAUCAAAUUUUUCUCUUUAUUUUUCUUUUUUUUGUAUUCAACCUAAUUUAUCCGACUUGAAACGAUGCAUUUUACUUUUAUUUAAUGUGAAAUUUCGUAAUUCUAUCAUCACAACAAACAUAGAAUAAAUAAAUUGUAUUUUAGAUUUUGUUGACGACUGGAUUUACGUCAUAUAAAUAAUUAACUAUUUUAGGUUUUGCGCAUGAAUUGUGAUAACAUUUAUUUCAUUUAUUUUCUGUGCUGUAUAAUAAUUAACAAAGAAAAAUGCUUUUUUACACAGAAUGCUAAUAAAGUUGUUGUAAAUUUAGAAAAAUCUCACUUGAAAAAAAAGAACACACAUCUGUAUUGCACUUGAACAACAGCAAACGGAGAAAUCUUUUGUAGCAACACCUCUUGAGAUACAUAUGUUUAAUAAAUGAAGUGAAAACAAUAAUUAAAUAUAAA